GCCUCUGCAUUUUUGUCUGUCUGAAUGCUAGGAAGGCGAAAAAAGAUUGAGGAGAAGAAGAAACUGAAGAAAUGUGAAAAUCCAACGAACAUUUUCAUGGCCAACGGAAGUCGAUGCAUAAGGAGUUAUAUUGGGACUCCUUUUUGCCUCGAAACCUCGGAUCAAAAUGCUCAUAGUAGAGAAGACAUCAGACUUCCCGUCAGCUGAGUUCUCUGUGGUGGAGGAUGUGACUCUUCAUUUCACCUGUUUGAUGGACAGGUUGAACGAGCAGCGUCUCUUCCAGCCUGACCUCUGUGAUGUGGACAUAGUGUUGGUGCGCCAGCGCAGUACCUUCCCUGCCCACAAGGGGGUGCUUGCGGCCUACAGCCCCUUCUUUCACUCCCUGUUCUCCCAGAGCAAGCAGCUGCGCCGUGUCGACCUGUCUCUGGAUGCCCUCAGCUCCCAGGGCCUACAGCAGAUCCUUAACUUCAUCUACACCUCCCGUCUGUUGGUCAGUAGCCGUAGCGUCAGAGACGUGCUCAACGCCGCCACCCUGCUGCAGAUGACGGACAUUGCAGCUUCUUGCCGUGACCUCAUCAGCAGCCAAUCGCUAAGGGCCGCGGUAGACAACCUGGCCAAUCAGGAUGGCCUGGGAGAUCCUGAUUCCAUGACAACGACCCCCGGCAGUCAGCUGUACCGGGAGAUCAAGCAGGAGGCAGAGUUAGGGAGGGCAGAGUUAGAGAGUGUGUACACUCGGGAGGGGAACAGCCCUUUCUCUGUGAGGGUGGAGGACGGACAUGGAAAGAGCCAGCAGCAUCACCCUCCCUCCUCCCAGACCUCCUCCCAGUCCCAGGCCAAGCAGUACUACUACCAACAAGAGGACAGGGAGAGUGGGGGAGGAGGAGGGAGGGGUCUGUUUAAGCUGGAGGGGGGCGGGGAGCAGAUCAUCGUAGAGGUCAACCUGAACAACCAGACACUCAACGUCUCCAAGGGGUCAGAGAGCAAGGCUGUCGCCACAUAUACCACCGCCACCGCCAUGUUCACCCGCUCCCAUGGUGACCAGAGGAACGAGGAGGAAGAGGAGAACAAGGAAAAGGAUGAUGAUGAUGAUGAUGAUGGGCAGGUCGGGGAGGAUGAAGAGGAGGAGGAUGAAGAGCAGAGAGAGAGAGGGGAGGAGAUGGAGAACAGCAGUGAAGAGGAUGAAGAGGAGGAAGAGGAGAACAAUGAUAUGAACAUACCAGCAGAGGAGUCUAUUGUGAUGAACAGGCCUCGUCCGGGGACUAGAACCCUGGAGGUCGCCACGACAACCAUGCGGCAGACCCUUGGUGACGCCACCCUUGCCAACCGUCACCAGGGCAGGAAGAGGAAGCAGAACCCUGAGAGUGUAGGUCAGAUGGUCAGACUGGAGGAGAAGCAACACUUCCCCUGUAAGAAAUGUCCCAGAGUCUUCAACAACCGCUGGUAUCUGGAGAAACACAUGAACGUCACUCACAACCGCAUGCAGAUCUGCAACAAAUGUGGAAAACGCUUCCUUCUGGAGAGUGAACUACUACUGCACCAUCAGACCAACUGUGAGAAGAGUAUACAGUGUGUAACGUGUGGCAAGGCCUUCAAGAAGCUCUGGUCUCUCCAUGAGCACAACAAGAUUGUUCACGGUUACGCUGAGAAGAAGUUCUGCUGUGAGAUCUGUGAGAAGAAGUUCUACACCAUGGCCCACGUCAGAAAGCACAUGGUUGCCCACACCAAGGACAUGCCGUUCACCUGUGAGACAUGUGGGAAGUCAUUCAAGCGUGGCAUGUCGCUAAAGGUUCACUCUCUACAACACUCUGGAGAGAAGCCCUUCAAGUGUGAGAACUGUAACGAGAGGUUCCAGUAUAAGUACCAGCUGCGCUCCCACAUGUCCAUCCACAUCGGACACAAGCAGUUCAUGUGCCAGUGGUGUGGCAAGGACUUCAACAUGAAGCAGUACUUUGAUGAACACAUGAAGACACACACUGGAGAGAAGCCGUAUAUCUGUGAGAUCUGUGGGAAGAGUUUCACCAGUCGUCCCAACAUGAAGCGUCACCGCCGGACCCAUACGGGGGAGAAGCCGUACCCUUGCGAGGUGUGUGGUCAGAGGUUCCGUUUCUCCAACAUGCUCAAAGCGCACAAGGAGAAGUGCAUCCGGGUCAGCAACCCCAUGGUAACUGACAACAACGACUCGCUGGGCAUCGACCCCCCCUCCCCAACUGUUUCUGCGGACCCUGCUGCGAUUGGUCAGGUGGUUUUAGGGGCGGUGCUCCCGGGGGCAAUGCACCACCAUGCCACGCCCCUCUCCCUCCCUCUGAUCCACUCCCUGGGGGGGCUGCCCCACACCCCCGCCCCCCCUCCCCCUUUUCCACCCUUCUUCUCUGGCAGGAUGGGCUCCAACAUCUAGCUAACGCACUCCGCUCUGCUAACAGACCAGACCGCUAGCAUCCAUCUACUCUACAACGCUCUGCUAACAGACUGCUAGCAUCCAUCUACUCUACAACACUCUGCUAACAGACUGCUAGCUUCCAUCUACUCUACAACGCUCUGCUAACAGACCGCUAGCAUCCAUCUACUCCACAACGCUCUGCUAACAGACUGCUAGCAUCCAUCUACUCCACAACGCUCUGCUAACAGGCGGCUAGCAUCCAUCUACUCUACAACACUCUGCUAACAGACUGCUAGCAUCCAUCUACUCUACAACACUCUGCUAACAGACCGCUAGCAUCCAUCUACUCUACAACACUCUGCUAACAGACCGCUAGCAUCCAUCUACUCUACAACACUCUGCUAACAGACUGCUAGCAUCCAUCUACUCUACAACACUUUGCUAACAGACCGCUAGCAUCCAUCUACUCUACAACACUCUGCUAACAGACUGCUAGCAUCCAUCUACUCUACAACACUUUGCUUACAGACCGCUAGCAUCCAUCUACUCUACAACACUCUGCUUACAGACUGCUAGCAUCCAGUCAGCCAACCCCCGCCCCCCCUCCCCGGACCCCCUGAAGUACUCAGACUAUCUAUGAGAGGAGGGGGAUUUACAGGAGCAGAGCGAGACAUGGAUGGAAGGAGGAUUCCUUCAUAUAACCACAUCUCAGCCUGAAGACCAAGGCAUCUUUACUCGGCUCUGGUCUCUGUGUGGAUUCUGCAGUCUGAAGACCAAGGCAUCUUAACUCGGCUCUGGUCUCUGUGUGGACUCUGCAGUCUGAAGAACAAGGCAUCUUUACUCGGCUCUGGUCUGUGUGUGGAUUCUGCAGUCUGAAGACCAAGGCAUCUUUACUCGGCUCUGGUCUCUGUGUGGAUUCUGCAGUCUGAAGACCAAGGCAUCUUAACUCGGCUCUGGUCUCUGUGUGGAUUCUGCAGUCUGAAGACCAAGGCAUCUUUACUCGGCUCUGGUCUCUGUGUGGAUUAUGCAGUCUGAAGAACAAGGCAUCUUUACUCGGCUCUGGUCUCUGUGUGGAUUCUGCAGUCUGAAGACCAAGGCAUCUUAACUCGGCUCUGGUCUCUGUGUGGAUUCUGCAGUCUGAAGACCAAGGCAUCUUAACUCGGCUCUGGUCUCUGUGUGGAUUCUGCAGUCUGAAGACCAAGGCAUCUUUACUCGGCUCUGGUCUCUGUGUGGAUUCUGCAGUCUGAAGACCAAGGCAUCUUAACUCGGCUCUGGUCUCUGUGUGGAUUCUGCAGUCUGAAGACCAAGGCAUCUUAACUCGGCUCUGGUCUCUGUGUGGAUUCUGCAGUCUGAAGACCAAGGCAUCUUUACUCGGCUCUGUUCUCUGUGUGGAUUCUGCAGUCUGAAGACCAAGGCAUCUUAACUCGGCUCUGGUCUCUGUGUGGAUUCUGCAGUCUGAAGACCAAGACAUCUUAACUCGGCUCUGGUCUCUGUGUGGAUUCUGCAGUCUGAAGAGGUGAAGGAUCACACAGAGGCUUCUUGUAACAUAAACAGUAUAAAUGCAUACACCUACCAUGUGGAAAUGUUUUUACCGUGUGGAAUAGUUCACCUCUGCCCUGGCCGUUGAGAGUUCAGAGGGACUUGUAAAAUGACAACAUACAUUACAUCUGUCGUUUCAUUGUUUUCAUUCUGCUUACCACAAAGCCACACCCUUUAAUAAGACCAUGCUUGUAGCACAAUGUAACAUUGGUCAGAUUAACACCUCCUCCGACAAACUAGUUACUGGUGAGAUUAAUGACCCCUUCUCAUAUUAACUAGCUAUUUACUGGGUUGAUUCUGGGGCCUAAACUCCUCCCCUAGUUGGUCUGUGUGGAAGGAGUUCUCUACAUAAGGUUAUAUGUGGAAUGAUUUCUGUCUGACAGAAGGUUCUAGGUGUUCUGUGUGGAAUUAGUUCUCUACAAAAGGUUCUAGGUGUUCUGUGUACAGUGAGUUCUCUCUGAAAGUUUACCUCUCUGUCCUAACAGAGGUAUAUGGUGCCAGAUGUCUCCUGCAGAGCCCUGUCUCUCUCUUCUCCUGAUCCUCAUCCUCCUCUCCCCUACCCUUCUCUCUCCUCCCCUCCUCUAUCGUCAUCCUCCUCUCUCCCCCCAUCUUCAGACGUCUCCUGCAGAGCCCUGUCUCUCUCUUCUCCUGAUCUUCAUCCUCCUCUCCCCUCUCUCUUUCCCUCCUCUUCAGACGUCUCCCGCAGAGCCCUGUAUCUCUCCUGUCCUCACCAGACGUUGCCUACAGAACCCUCUCUCCUCCCUUCUCAUCCUCCUCUCCCCUCGCUCUUUCUCUCCUCUUCAGACAUCUCCCGCAGAGCCCUGUAUCUCUCCUGUCCUCACCAGACGAUGCCUAUAGAGCCCUCUCUCCUCCCUUCUCAUCCUCCUCUCCCCUCGCUCUUUCCCUCCUCUUCAGACAUCUCCAGCAGUGCCCUGUCUCUCCUCUCCUCACCCUCUAUCCUCCUCUCCCUGUUCUCACAGUGAGGAGUCCAUUCCUCUAUUAGCCAAGCCAUCAGAACAGACCAGCAGGACAGAACCAUCAUUCUCUUAGCCACCUGAAGAUGUUCUUCUGAUCUGUCUGUUAAAACACGUAUCUGGCAUCGCAAUAACCAACUCCCGUGAGCUCACAUGCUAGUGAGAUUAUUAUAAAGCCUCUAAAAAUCAAUCCUGCAUCUUAUUUUGAACCUUAGUGUUAUUUAAUAUGUACUCUUUUUGUGUGUUAAAUGUUCAAAUUGUGACAGUUUUGUGUAAUUUGUGUGUGGCAACAUUAUGCCAUUAUAUAAUGACUAGAUAGUCACGUUGGAAAGGUUAUGCCAUUAUAUAAGGUGUUUUAGAAGGUUAUGACUAGUUAGUCACGUUGGAAAGGUUAUGACUAGUUAGUCACGUUGGAAAGGUUAUGACUAGUUAGUCACGUUG